CUUAAUCACAGACGUUCCAACCCUCUCUCUGUCUCUUCGUUUCACUUGCCUCGGAGUCAUGAUCAUUUCUCGAAGGACAUUAUUACCUAGUUUGUGUUUCGUGACUGGUCGUUGUGCUCGAAAGUUCUACGGUGUACUUCUGGUGAUAGCGUUGAGUACACCCUUCUACUCUAUUUACCUAGAGGGUAUUACACACAAGUUGGUUGAAAAGCGAAGUUCUCCUCCGACACAGAAAGGCAAAAUCGUACCAGAAGUUGAAAUUACGCCCACUGCGAGGAACGUGACACCUGAGCACACUCGUCUGCUUAUCUACAACCGUGUGCCGAAGUGUGGAUCUACUACCACCUUUAAAUUACUCAACACGCUGCGGAAACUGAACAAAUUUCGCCAUAGGAACUCAGAAAUCUACCACACCGAAUGGCUCACAGUGGAGGAACGCAAACGUUUACUUCAGGGUCUUUACAAAUUCACCAGUAAAUAUCCCAGGAGUUUCGACCGUCACCUGUUUUACUUUAAUGCUACGAGGCUGGGGUUCCAACGGCCGGCCUGGAUGAACAUCAUAAGAGAACCUGUUUCUAGGUUUAUCAGCGAAUUUUACUUCGUGAGGACCAGAGAACAGUGGAGCAUAGUCGAAUCCCUCAAGCAGAAGAAACGACCUCCGGAAUCCUGGUUCAACAUGCAACUAGACGAGUGUGCUGCAUCAGGACAUCCGGAAUGCAGACCUUCACCUGGGGACAACAUGACCCUUCAACUUACCUUCUUCUGUGGUCAUCAUCCCACUUGUCGGCAGGUCGGCAGUCGGUGGGCGCUGAACCAGGCUAAGUACCACCUGGAGAACUAUUACAGUGUCGUCGGCGUGCUGGAGGAGCUGUCCCUCUCCCUCCAGGUCCUCCAACACUACCUGCCUCGCUUCUUCAACAAUGUUGGGGCCCUUGAACUCGGCUCUGGUCACGUUGUACUGAACGAGCGACCGAGAGAAUACAAACCCACUGUCACCAACGCCACGAAAGGGAUGCUAAGGAGUAUCUUGAAGGAGGACCUCGAGUUGUACCAAUUCGCCCGGCAGCGGCUGCACCUUCAGGCUCGAGCGCUAGGAAUUCUGGAUCAGCUUGGGUCCUGACAACCUGUCGAGCGGGAUAUUGGGUUAUGCGUGGUUAUAUUGCGGUUUUAGAGCCCUCGGUCUAUAUAGCGUGUGUUUUUUUUCCCGUUCCUGAUUCUCUCUCUCUUUCUCUCUCUCUCUCUCUCUCUCUCUCUCUCUUUCUUUCUCUUUUCUUCGUCUUCUUCUUCUUCCACUUCUGCUUUUUUUUUUUCAUUCUCUAAUUCUCGCUUUUUCUCUCUAUCUUUCUUCUUCUUUUUCUCUCUCUCUUUUUUUAACUUUCUCUAUUAAACACACAGACACACACACACACAAACACACAGACACACGCACACUAACAGAUAUAUACACAAAAACAGACACUCAAAUGCAUGCAUGAAUUUGCGUACACACAUGCAUAUAUAUUCAUAUUUUUUUCUUGUCAUAUUUUUUUCUUGCAUCUAUAAGAACUAUACAUACAUACUUACACACAUACAUACGCACACACACACACGCAUAUAUAUAUAUAUAUAUAUAUAUAUAUAUAUAUAUAUAUAUAUAUAUGUGUGUGUGUGUGUGUGUGUGUGUGUGUGUGUGUGUGUGUGUGUGUGUGAGUAUAUGCGUA